UCCUGGAAAUACCCCCAGAACCUCCAGUCUCUGACACCAUGUGCAACUCCUGUUGUGGCUCCUGCUGCUCUGGCCAGGGCUGUGGCUGCUGCCAGCCCAGGUGCUGCCAGACCACCUGCUGCAGGACCACCUGCUGCCGCCCCAGCUGCUGUGUCUCCAGCUGCUGCAGCCCCUGCUGUGGAGGUUCCAGUGGCUGUGGCUCCUGCUGCUGCCAGCCCAUCUGCUGUAGGACCACCUACUGCCGCCCCAGCUGCUGUGGCUCCAGCUGCUGCAGCUGUGGUGGGUCCAAUGGCUGUGGAGGUUCCAGUGGCUGUGGCUCCUGCUGCUGCCAGCCCAUCUGCUGUAAGACUACCUGCUGCAGGACCACCUGCUGCUGCCCCACCUGCUGUGGGUCCUGCUGUGGUGGCUCCAGUGGCUGUGGCUCCAGUGGCUGUGGCUCCUGCUGCUGCCGCCCCAUCUGCUGUAGGACCACCUGCUGCCGCCCCAGCUGCUGCGGCUCCAGCUGCUGCAGCCCCUGCUGUGGUAGUUCCAGUGGCUGUGGAGGUUCCAGUGGCUAUGGCUCCUGCUGGUCUCUCCCCUGCUGCCUCCAGACCACCUGCUUCAGGACCACCUGCUGCCGACCCUGCUGCUGUGUGGCCAGCUGCUGUCGCCCAAGCUGCUGCUGCUAGUCUCUGUGCCACCAGCCCAACUGCUGCUAGCUGCCCCACCACUUCAUU